GGAUACCUUACUUGGUGCCCCCGCGGUCACCCUCUGAGCACGCCGCCCAAAAUAGCCCCCGGCGCCCGCCGGUCUGUCUCGUGGCCGGGAGAUGGCUGCUGUCUCCGACCCCGUGGACCUGCGUGCGCCCUGGAGACCCGCGCGCCCCGAGCCCCCUCCCACCCGCUUCCACCAGGUGCACGGUGCCAACAUCCGCGUGGACCCCUCCGGGACGCGAGCCACACGCGUGGAGAGCUUCGCUCACGGCGUAUGCUUCAGUCGCGAGCCGCUGGCCCCGGGCCAGGUAUUCCUGGUCGAGAUCGAGGAGAAAGAGCUGGGCUGGUGCGGGCACCUGCGCCUCGGCCUGACCGCGCUGGACCCCGCCACCCUGGCCGCCGUGCCCGAGUUUUCGCUGCCCGACCUGGUCAGCCUCGGCCACACCUGGGUCUUCGCCAUCACGCGCCAUCACAACCGCGUGCCCCGGGAGGACCGCCCGGAGGCAGAGGCGUUGGCUCCCAGCCGCCCCCCUGCCCUCCUGGUGGAACCGUAUCUGUGCAUCGAGCAGUUUCGAAUUCCCCGCGACCGUCUGGUGGGUCGCAGCCGGCCCGGGCUCUACAGCCAUCUCUUGGAUCAGCUGUAUGAGCUGAACGUGCUGCCUCCGACCGCGCGCCGCAGCCGCCUGGGCGUUCUUUUCUGUCCGCGCCCGGACGGCACGGCCGACAUGCACAUCGUCAUCAACGGCGAGGACAUGGGCCCCAGCGCCCGGGGGCUGCCAGCCGCCCAGCCCCUCUACGCAGUGGUGGACGUGUUUGCCUCCACCAAGAGCGUGCGCCUGGUCCAGCUCGAGUAUGGCUUGCCGUCCCUGCAGACUCUGUGCCGCCUAGUCAUCCAGAGGAGCGUGGUGCACCGGUUGGCCAUUGAUGGGCUCCACCUGCCGAAAGGACUUAAGGAUUUCUGCAAGUAUGAGUAGAGGCCUGCAGCCACCCUGGAACUGGGCCACAUGAGCCUGUCCUGGCCCCGGAGCUGUGGCUGGUCUGAAACUGGCCAUACUGCUGCCUAGCCAGGCCUGGAAAUAAACACAGCCUGGUGCAGACACCAAUCACUGGAGGGUCUCCUUGCCCUGGAAGCCCAUGAGGGGCACUUCUUUUAGAAUCACUGUGGGUCAGCAGGUCUGAACAAGAGAGAGCAUUUCUGAUGUCACCAAGACCAGUGGUUCCUAGCCUGGGACCCUACUCAUUCAGGUUCUCUGGGAUAAACUAAAGAGCUGAUGCCCCAAACCCCAUUUCCAGAGAUUCUCAUUCCAUUUGUCAGAGGAUCAGGCCUAGACCUUGUUCUUUUGUAAAAGCUCCUCAGAGAUUCUAAUACACAGCCAGGAUUUAGGAUUCCCCUAGAAUAGAGAUCUUGAUUUUGGCAUAUAUAAUAACCAUUUGAGGGACUUUGAAAAAUACUGCUAACUGGAUCCGACUCUGGGAUUCUGAUUUAAUUGGUGUGAGGUGAGGCCGGGCAUCAGGAUUUCUGAAUGCUCCCAGGAGAAUUUAAUGUGCAUCCCAGGGUGAGACCCAGUGCCCUGGACCAACGACAUCAUUUUGGAGAUGGGAAGCCAAAGCCUAGGAUGGAAAUGUAUUCCAAAGUCACACAGCAGAUGAAUGAGUGCAGAGCACUCCUCUCAUGCUGCAGAGCACAAAGCACUUGCCUCUAUUUGUAUCUCUGAUCAUUUGCUUCCAUACAAAUAGCUUCAUAUCAUCCCUACAACUUCUGGUGAGGUAGUGGGUAGUCAUUACUUCCACUUUACAGAGGAGAAUAUCGAGGAACAAAACUGUCUGAGUGAUUUGCCCAAGGUAGAGGUAAGAACCUAGAAUGUCCAGUUCCUGGUCCAGCACUCUUUUAACCCCAUCCCAUUGUAAUAUACAGGUUCUAGAAUGAACAGGUCAAUGCUGUGAGGUGGGUUCCAGGUGUAAAGGGCAGGGACUAUGAGGUGACAUUCUAGAAUGGUGGGAAGGGUAGGACAGGAGGCAGAUGACUGUUCCCUCACAAACGGGGGCUUUGGGGCAGCCAUGUCCUACUUCGUGUCUCCACAAACUCAUCAAGGUCUUCUGCCUUCCAGCCAAGGUGAGAGAGGGGCUCCUGGAAUUGGAAGGGGUACCACAGCUUUCCCUGAAAACUUGUUUCCUGGCUCUGGGGAGGUGGAGGUUCUGCUGGACAUUUUUGGGCUGGCCCUAGAGUCAAUUCUGUGAAGAAAGCCAUUCCAAAAGUCCUUGCCAGGAACUACCUGCUUGCUCACUCGUUCAUUCAACAAACACUUCUCCAUUCCUUACUUGGUGCUGGGGACUGGGGGUGUGGAUAUGAAUAAAACACCUAGUUCCCAACCA